UGGGAUUGAGACCUGUCAUAUCGGUACGUGAAGUGUUUCCUGUCCAGACCCAGUUAAUUACCUAGCCUGGCCUCGUCUUCACACGGGUUGCGUGCAUCUGGUUCUCCCUCUCCUAAAUCCUCCCUUGCCCCGUCUUGGUGGUCACCUCAGUCCUAGUGAUCUGCGGCCCGUUUCGGGUACUUGUUCUCGCCGUCCUGUGACGUUGUUCGUCUCCUCAUCCCUUCAAUGACAACAUAUACCGGUGGCUAAGACCGAAUAGCUUACACGGAGCUGCAGUACCAACGCAACCGCCACAUCAGACAGCGUCGACUGUCUCGUUACACGUCAACGCUACCAUUGGAUACAAACACCACGAAGACUCGUCACAAAUACGCAAGCAAUGGCGAGCCACGAGACCAUCCUGCAGGGCGUGAACGUCCUCGGCCCGAUCGAGGAGUCCCAGCGCAAGAUCCUGACGCCCCAGGCGCUUGCUUUCCUUGCCCUGCUGCAGCGCUCCUUCAACCCAACUCGCAAGGCUCUGCUCGAGCGCCGCAAGAUCCGCCAGGCCGAGCUCGACAAGGGCGCGCUCCCCGACUUCCUGCCCGAGACAAAGCACAUCCGUGACGACCCGACAUGGAAGGGUGCGCCACCGGCCCCGGGCCUGGUUGACCGCCGCGUCGAGAUCACGGGCCCGACGGACCGCAAGAUGGUGGUCAAUGCGCUGAAUGCCGAUGUCUACACUUACAUGGCUGAUUUUGAAGACUCGAGUGCUCCGACAUGGGACAACAUGGUGAAUGGCCAGGUAAACCUGUACGAUGCCGUCCGGCGUCAGGUCGACUUCAAGCAAGGGGCAAAGGAGUACAAGCUGCGGACGGACAGGAGACUUCCCACCCUCAUCGUGCGGCCCCGUGGCUGGCACUUGGAGGAGAAGCACGUCACAGUCGACGGCGAGCCCAUGAGCGGAUCGCUGUUCGACUUCGGCUUGUAUUUCUUCCACAACGCCUUCGAGACCGUCAAGCAGGGGUUCGGCCCCUACUUCUACCUGCCCAAGAUGGAGUCGCACCUCGAGGCGCGCCUCUGGAACGACGUCUUCAACCUGGCCCAGGACUACAUCGGCAUGUCCCGGGGAACCAUCCGCGGCACUGUGCUGAUCGAGACCAUCCUGGCAGCCUUCGAGAUGGACGAGAUCAUCUACGAGCUGCGCGACCACAGCUCUGGUCUCAACUGCGGCCGGUGGGACUACAUCUUCAGCGUCAUCAAGAAGUUCCGCCAGAACUCCAACUUUGUGCUGCCUGACCGCAGCUGUGUCACCAUGACGGUGCCCUUCAUGGAUGCUUAUGUCAAGUUGCUCAUCCAGACCUGCCACAAGCGCGGCGUCCACGCCAUGGGCGGCAUGGCGGCCCAGAUCCCUAUCAAGGACGAUCCGGCGGCGAAUGAGAAGGCCAUGGAGGGCGUGCGCGCCGACAAGCUCCGUGAGGUGCGCGCUGGCCAUGACGGCACCUGGGUCGCCCACCCUGCCCUUGCUUCUAUCGCCACCGACAUCUUCAACAAGCACAUGCCCACCCCCAACCAGCUCUUUGUGCGCCGUGAGGACGUGACGAUCACCGCGAAUGACCUCCUGAACAUGAACGUCCCGGGCAAGAUCACCGAGGAGGGCAUCCGCAAGAACCUGAACAUCGGCCUCGGGUACAUGGAGGCCUGGAUCCGGGGCGUCGGCUGCGUGCCGAUCAACUACCUCAUGGAGGACGCAGCCACCGCUGAGGUGUCGCGCAGCCAGCUGUGGCAGUGGGUGCGCCACGGCGUGACCACGGCCGAGGGCAAGCGCGUCGACAAGGGGUACGCGCUCAAACUGCUCAAGGAGCAGGCGCAGGAGUUGUCGGCCAAGGCACCCAAAGGCAACAAGUUCCACUUGGCGGCGCAGUACUUCUCGGGACAGGUCACCGGGGAAGAUUAUGCUGACUUCCUGACCUCGCUGCUGUACAACGAGAUCACUUCGGCGGGAGCGCCCAAGCCGGCGUCCAAGUUGUGAGUUUCGCAAGGCUAGGACAGGACAACCGAGGGAGAGCAUCGGAGACACGCCUGUAUGGGAACGACUCACUCCCUGAAUGAUGCGAAAUAGGUGUUGUUUGUUUCUUUGGUUGGCGGGCAGGAGAAUGUAAGUCUGGGAUGGCUCUAUCUUCUUACCGUGUUGAAUUGUUGAGCUGUAGUCCUGGGGAAAUGGAACAAGCCAGGUUGUAACAACGGAUUUAAGGGUUCACACAUGACCUAAGUAGACCCCAAAUGACAUACCAUGCGUCAAACACCAAGACACAUAGAAGGAUCCAAUGUGAAUAGGACCGAAUCGCCCCCCGAGAUCAGUUCUAGAAAGUCUCCAGUACACGUGGACAGCUA